GGGGGCGUCAAGCUGGAGAGCGCGGCGGGCCCGGCCCCGGGCGGCGGCUGGGGCGGCCCGUGCCGCUUCGGGGCCGAGCUGGUCCCGCCGGGCCCCGCGCCCCCCUGGCCCACCUUCUUCGCCGAGGAGGGGCAGCUCUACGGGCCGUGCCCCGAGCCGCCCGCCGGGCCUGCCGACUGCCCCGGCGAUGCCUGGUACCCACCGGGCCGGGCGCCUUUCGCCGCCCCCGCCCCCGGCAUCAAGAGCGAGCUGGAGCCCUGGGUCGAGGGCUACGCCGGCGCUUACGGCGAUCUCCGGUUGGAGGCUGGCCGUGACCAUGUCCUGCCCAUUGACUAUUACUUCCCACCUCAGAAGACCUGUCUGAUCUGUGGAGAUGAAGCAUCUGGGUGUCAUUAUGGAGCCCUCACCUGUGGGAGCUGCAAAGUGUUCUUCAAACGGGCAGCUGAAGGCAAGCAGAAGUACCUGUGUGCCAGCCGGAACGACUGCACCAUCGACAAGUUCCGAAGGAAAAACUGCCCCUCGUGCCGCCUGCGCAAGUGCUACGAGGCCGGGAUGACGCUGGGAGCCCGCAAGCUGAAGAAGCUGGGCAACCUGAAGGCACAGGAUGACAUGGAGGGAGCCAGCUCAUCCAGCCCCACGGAGGAGCAAGCUCCCAAGCUGGUGAUGACACGUAUCGAUGGCUACGAGUGCCAGCCCAUCUUCCUCAACGUCCUGGAGGCCAUUGAGCCUGGGGUGGUGUGUGCUGGCCACGACAACAGCCAGCCUGACUCCUUCUCCAACCUGCUGACCAGCCUGAACGAGCUGGGGGAGAGGCAGCUGGUCUACGUGGUCAAAUGGGCAAAGGCCCUGCCAGGAUUUCGCAACCUGCACGUGGAUGACCAGAUGUCAAUAAUCCAGUACUCUUGGAUGGGGCUGAUGGUGUUUGCUAUGGGCUGGAGAUCCUUCACCAACGUCAAUUCCAGGAUGCUUUACUUCGCUCCAGACCUGGUCUUCAACGAGUACCGCAUGCACAAGUCCAGGAUGUACAGCCAGUGCAUCAGGAUGAGGCACCUCUCCCAGGAGUUCGGGUGGCUUCAGAUCACACCCCAGGAGUUCCUCUGUAUGAAGGCUCUCCUCUUCUUCAGUAUUAUUCCAGUGGAUGGCCUGAAGAACCAGAAGCUCUUCGAUGAGCUCCGCAUGAAUUACAUUAAGGAACUUGACCGUAUCAUUGCCUGCAAGAGGAAGAACCCCACCUCCUGCUCCCGGAGGUUUUACCAGCUCACCAAGGUCCUGGACUCCGUGCAUCCGAUUGCCAAGGACCUGCAUCAGUUUACAUUUGAUCUCCUAAUCAAGGCACACAUGGUGAGCGUGGACUACCCAGAAAUGAUGGCCGAGAUCAUCUCUGUGCAGGUUCCCAAGAUCCUGUCUGGAAAAGUCAAGCCUAUCUACUUCCACGCACAGUGAUCUGCCAGAGGGACCCCCCUGCUGCUGCCCCCAUUCCAGCCAUCUCCUGCCUGUUACUUCUGCACUACUGUCCUGCAGUGCCUUGGGGAAUCCCUCUGCAGCGGUGGCCAAGGGGAUGGGCAGUGACAGACCUGCUGGGAUUCCUGAGAUUUACCAUUGUCCUGAGGUACCUCUGAACUGACCCCCUGCAGCCUGGCUCCAGCUGCUCACGGUGCUGGGCAGGGGCUGGCAGGGCAGUGGCAGUGUCCUCCUCUGUUUGUCACUGUGACUCCAGCAGCCCAGAGCCUCGGGGCAACAGGAGGAGUGCCAGCAGUUGGUGGGUUUGGGGUGAUUUUGAUAAAAAGAACACAACACAGAGCAGGUUGCAGCUCCUGUUUGGCCGUGGGUUGUGUUGCCAGCCUGCUUUUGGACGUUUUGUUUGCAUUGUGGUGCUGGGAAGCAGAUGAGUUCAAACACUGCAGAAGAGAAGCAGAGCAGAGCUGGGGGACAAGGCAAAUUUGUGGCUGAGGAGUUCAUGAGCCCUGCAGCCCCUCUGGGAUCUGCUCUGGUCAGCUCAGCCCUGGGACCUGCCUGUGCUGCUGAGGAUGGAGAGGACAGGCUGCAGAGGACAAUCACCUUGGAAAUGCCCCAGUGGCAGCUGGCUCCUGUUUUCCACCUGGAAUGUUUCUCCUAUGGCCUGUCCAGCCGGGUCUUGGUCUGCCCUGCAGCCCCCUGGGUCUCACAGUCACAUUCCUGUCCUGGCCAGCUGCUGCUCCCUGACGAACCCACCUCUGGAAGUGCCUGAUGCCCUCGGACCUCACACCUGCCUGGCUCCCCUGGGCACCUGCAGCCCCUGCCCUGCACCUGCAGCCCCUGCCCUGCACCUGCUCUGCUCCUGUCGUGGCUCUGCAGACCUGGGAUUCCAGCUAUGCUCUUUCCCUUCAUUUGUCCCAAAUAUUUUAUUUUUUCCAGUGCCAGCAGAUGAGUGUUCUGGAGCCAAGACCAAGGCCAGGGUCUGCAAGACCUGUGGGACCAUGGGACUCCUCUCUGAAUCCUGUCUGUGGGGAGGUGGCUGUGGGAGCUGGCUGGUGCCACCACAGCACUUUGGGGGCUGGAAGGGAAGCACCAAGAGAGCCCCUGCUCUUGGAAGCAGCACUCACAGCUCCUGCUGAUGGCAGUGGCAGGUGGCAGCCCAGGAGGACACCAUUGUGCACUCACUGUCCCCUGUACAUGGUCCUGUAGGCACCACAGCAUCCCAUACACCAUCCCACACAGUAUCCCAUGCACCAUCCCAUACACACCAUCCCUUAAACACCACCCAUACACCAUCCCAUAUACACCAUCCCUUACACCAUCCCUUAAACACCACCCCCACACCAUCCAUUACACACCAUCCCUUACACAGCAUCCCUUAAACACCACCCACACAGCAUCCCUUACACAGCAUCCCUUACACAGCAUCCCUUAAACACCACCCACACAGCAUCCCUUACACAGCAUCCCUUACACAGCAUCCCUUAAACACCACCCACACAGCAUCCCUUACACAGCAUCCCUUACACAGCAUCCCUUAAACACCACCCACACAGCAUCCCUUACACAGCAUCCCUUACACAGCAUCCCUUAAACACCACCCACACAGCAUCCCUUACACAGCAUCCCUUACACAGCAUCCCUUAAACACCACCCACACAGCAUCCCUUACACAGCAUCCCUUACACAGCAUCCCUUAAACACCAC